AUGAAGCGACGUGUUGCAAUUAAGCGCGGAACAACGACCCAACCGCAGCGCAAGAAGCGCGCUUUGGGCGACGACGCCUUCGACUGGGGAAAGGGCGACUCGAACGACGUGAUCGCGUCGGACAGCGAGGCCAGUGCACAGGCCAGCGAUGCCAGUGAGGACGAGAGCGAGGAGGAGCAGAAGGAAACAGCGCAGGAGAAGCGUUUGCGACUGGCUAAGGAGUACUUGGGAAAAAUCACGGCGCAGGAGGCUGGCACCGACGAUGAAGACGAUGAGGGUGAUGGCGUGGAGGAGCGCGUGGGUGCGCGACUGCAACAGGACGCGCUGGAAGCGAUGGGAAAGCUUUUUAAGAAGGUGGCGGCAGAUUACUCGGAGUUUGAGUUUGAUGCAGACUCUACGAAGUUCCUGAAGGGCCACCGCCUGCCUGUGACCAGCCUCUGUCUGCUGGAGGACGGCAAGACAGCUUUCUCGGCCGCCAAGGACGGGUCGCUACUGCGAUGGGACCUCGCUCAGCAGAAGAAGACUAAGCUAACGUUGCCCAAGGACGAUGUAGCUGCCGAGAAGGCCACGACGGACAAAGGUCGCUGCGUUUUGGCGCUGGCCGCUAGCUCGGACGGCAAGUUCCUAGCCAGCGGUGGCCGUGACAAGCUCGUACGUGUGUGGGACGUGGAGAAGGGCGAACUGCAGGAGAGUUUCGCGGGACACCGUGACGCUGUGUCUGCUCUGGCCUUCCGUCUGCGCUCGCACUCGCUAUUCUCAGGAUCUCUCGACCGCUCCAUUAAGCACUGGAACCUCACAGAGAUGGGAUACGUCGAGACGCUGUUCGGUCAUCAGAGCGAGGUGAACGGACUCGACAGUCUGUACAAGGAACGCGUGGUGAGCUGUGGUCGUGACCGUAGUGUGCGUAUGUGGAAGAUCCCGGAAGAAACACAACUGGUGUUCUACGGCAACUCGGGCUCCAUGGACUGCGUCAAGAUGGUCACGGACGAGUACUACGUCACGGGUGGAGACGACGGCUCUCUCUCGCUUUGGUUCAACGGCCGUAAGAAGCCUGUCUGUGUUAUCCCGAACGCUCACGACGGCAAAUGGAUUAGCAGUGUGGCGGUCAUGCCGCGAACGGACCUCGUUGCGUCCGGAUCUAGUGAUGGUCAGAUUCGGUUGUGGCAAGCUGAUCUACAGGGACGCAGUCUGACUCCAGUGGCUUCGAUGCCAUUGGAGGGCUUUGUGAACGCGCUGUGCUUUGACGCGAAGGCUCGUUUUUUGCUUGCCGGUGUGGGUCAGGAACACCGCUUGGGACGAUGGGAGAAGCUGAAGGUCAAGAACGGCAUUGCGAUCAUUGCUUUGCCCAGCAUAGACGGUGAACAGGAAGAGGGCGACGACGAAGAAGAGGAGGCGGAGAGCGAGGACGAGUCUUAA